UGGUCCGGGAGUGUGCGUGGCGGAGCGGGACGGGUAAGAGCUGUUGGACGUGUGCAUCGCGCUUAGCAGGUGUCCAUUGGCAGGGGUGUCCGGUGUGCACAGAGGAGGACCACAGCAAGUUUGGGGUGCUCUACCUUGUGUGACGUUGUAGCAGAGACUCGUAACUUACUUCCAGCACGAUGUGCGGUAUAUUCGCUUACCUAAACUACAGAGUACAGCGCACCAGGAAGGAGGUCUGCGAGACCCUAGUAAAAGGACUGCAAAGACUGGAAUAUAGAGGGUAUGAUUCUGCAGGACUUGCAGUUGAUGGAAAUAAUAACCAGGACAAAGAAUGCCAUAUCCAGUUAAUCAAGAAAAAAGGCAAAGUGAAGGCAUUGGAAGAAGAGCUCUAUAAACAGGAUGGUUUGGACUUGGAUACAUGUUUCGACUCGCACUUUGGAAUUGCUCACACCCGAUGGGCUACCCAUGGGGAACCCAAUGCAGUGAACUCCCACCCCCAGCGGUCUGAUAAGAAUAACGAGUUUGUUGUUGUACAUAAUGGGAUCAUCACCAACUACAAGGUCCUGAAGACUUUUCUGGAAAGUAAAGGGUAUGAAUUUGAGUCGGAAACAGAUACUGAAACUAUUCCUAAACUGAUUAAGUAUGUAUAUGACAACCGAGAACGUGAUGACAUCAGCUUCUCGACUCUGGUAGAGCGAGUAAUUCAACAACUUGAAGGAGCAUUUGCGCUGAUGUUUAAGAGCAGUCAUUACCCUGAUGAAGCUGUCGCCACCAGGAGAGGGAGUCCUUUGCUGAUAGGAGUACACAGUAAGCACAAACUUUCAACAGAACAGAUUCCAAUUACAUACAAAUCAUCCAGCAGCACUGAAAAUAACAAACUUUCCAAAGGUAGAACAAAGAGGUCAGACAGUACCACUUGCCUGCAUCCUGUUGGAGAAGAGAAAGCAGUUGAAUUCUAUUUUGCUUCAGAUGCAAGUGCUAUCAUAGAACAUACCAACAGAGUUAUUUUCUUGGAAGAUGAUGACGUUGCUGCAGUGUCUGAUGGGAAACUUUCAAUUCACCGACUGAAGAGAUUAGCAGGCGAUGACUCUUCUAGAGGAGUUCAGACCCUCCAAAUGGAGCUACAGCAGAUCAUGAAAGGCAACUUCAGUGCAUUUAUGCAGAAGGAAAUAUUUGAGCAACCAGAAUCUAUUUUUAACACUAUGAGAGGAAGGAUUAACUUUGAAACUGGCAAAGUUUUGUUAGGAGGACUGAAGGAUCACUUGAAAGAAAUAAAAAGGUGUCGACGUCUGAUCGUGAUUGGCUGCGGAACCAGUUAUCAUGCAGCAGUGGCUACCCGCCAAGUACUAGAAGAACUGACGGAGCUCCCUGUGAUGGUAGAGUUGGCAAGUGACUUUUUGGACAGAAACACACCCGUGUUCAGAGAUGAUGUUUGCUUCUUUAUUAGUCAGUCAGGGGAAACUGCAGAUACUCUUAUGGCUCUAAGAUACUGCAAGGAUCGGGGUGCGCUUACAGUUGGUAUCACAAACACAGUGGGAAGCUCAAUCUCCAGAGAAACUGACUGUGGGGUGCACAUCAAUGCAGGUCCAGAAAUUGGGGUGGCAAGCACAAAGGCAUACACAAGUCAGUUUGUUUCACUCGUAAUGUUUGGCCUGAUGAUGUCGGAGGAUCGCAUUUCCUUGCAGGAAAGAAGGCAGAAGAUUAUCAGUGGCUUGCAGUCUUUGCCUGAUUUGAUCAAAGACGUGUUGUCUCUGGAUGAGAAGAUUAACGAUCUUGCACAUGAGUUGUACCAGCAGAGAUCUCUUCUCGUCAUGGGCCGAGGAUAUAACUUUGCCACCUGCCUGGAAGGAGCUCUGAAAAUCAAGGAAAUCACCUAUAUGCACUCAGAAGGUAUCCUUGCGGGAGAGCUGAAGCAUGGACCCCUGGCACUGGUUGACAAAAACAUGCCAGUCAUUAUGAUCAUCAUGAAAGACCCCUGUCACACUAAAUGCCAAAACGCACUACAGCAGGUGACCGCUCGCCAGGGUCGUCCAGUUGUUCUCUGUACCAAAGAUGAUGACGAAUGUAUAAAGGCUGCAUAUAAAGCUGUAGAGUUGCCUCAUACAGUCGACUGUUUGCAAGGAAUCUUGAGUGUUAUCCCACUACAGCUGCUGUCCUUCCACUUGGCUGUUCUAAGAGGUUAUGAUGUUGAUUUUCCCCGGAAUCUUGCCAAGUCAGUAACUGUGGAGUAAAGUAAAGGCUGUAGGUCACAGCAAAGGGCAGACGACCAAUUUCUGGAGAGCUACACUUAAUAUGUGAACAUAAUCCUUUACAGAAACAAUUCUUUGACCAAUGAACUGUUUUAAACUGGAAGUUUCUUCCUUGGAAGAAGUGAGAAUGUAACUGAAUUUCUACAAACUGAAUUGCUUUUUAUGCAACUACAAGACUAUUUUAAUGCAACUAUGAGACAUUAUAAUGUGCCUUGUAUCUUUAAAGCUUCUGCCAAAGAAAGUUCUAUUUAUUUACGUAUCAUUCCAAAGUUGAGAAGGAAAUCACUGUUUACAUGUUGAAACACAGACUAGAUUUUUUAAAAAUGUUGUGCAAUACACAGUUAUACUGUGAAUAUUUUGUAGCCAUUAAUUGUUUAAGAAUAUUUAUAAUUUAUAGAAAUUGUAUAAGUUAUUCUUAUUUACUUUCAUCUCUUAAUUUCUGAAGGUAAUUAUCUGCAUGUUAUUUGUAGGACACAGUUGAAUUGAUAGAUCAUGUGUUAACACUGUCAGCCUUUACAUUCUCGUGAAAUGUUAACGUGAAUAUGCAUAAUUUAACUGGUGCAGACACUCCUGGCGUAAUACAUCUGGUGCAGACACUCCUGGCAUAACAUAUCUGGUGCACAUGCUCCUGGCGUAAUUUAACUGGUGCACAUGCUCCUGGCGUAAUUUAACUGGUGCAAACACUCUUGGCGUAAUACAUCUGGUGCAGACACUCCUGGCGUAAUUUAACUGGUGCACAUGCUCCUGGCGUAAUUUAACUGGUGCACACGCUCCUGGCGUAAUUUAACUGGUGCACACGCUCCUGGCGUAAUUUAACUGGUGCACACGCUCCUGGCGUAAUUUAACUGGUGCACAUGCUCCUGGCAUAAUUUAAUUGGUGCACACACUCCUGGCGUAAUUUAAGUGGUGCACACACUCCUGGCAUAGAUCUCAUUGUGGUGUUUACUACGAUUUUUCCUCAGUCCAUGACUGGAUUCAAGCCCUCUCACUUGUGAGUUCCCUAAUGAUCCCACCCUCCUAUGUACUCUAUACAUUUUGUUCUUCCCUGUGUUCUGUGCUGCGAGGGUCUCCCUACCUGGAGAGACCUACACCUGAGUUGGUCGUUCUCUUUGGGGUGGUGCACAGGUGUGCCAUGAAUGGGACCAGGCCUGGUGAGCAGUCAUCAUGCAGUGGCCUGCAAUGGACUUUUCUUUUUGUCCAUUCCUACCUCUGCUAUGCUGGCACAAGAGAUGCCUCCAGUGGCAUUGAACAGGGAACACCCCCAACUAUGUGAUGCCAUCUGUCACAUGCCCACCCCUUCUUUGUAGCACCAGCUUGCCAACAGAAUACUAAUAUUGCCACCAGUGUCUGUCUCUACACCCCACCACCCUGGAAGAGAUGAGCAUGCACAGCCUCCUUAGUCUUCUCCCCUCCCCUGCACUGCAGCACCCAGCAGGUGCCGGAGCUGCUAAUCAAUCUCAGGCCAUCUAGUUCGUAACCACAGCUUUAGUCCUCUAUACCAGCAGGACUGGAGUGUUUUCUUUCUUUUACUGUGUUUUUUAAAGUCAAAACUGGAUCAUUAUGAAUAAUAGUAGGCAAUGGUGUAGGUAAACAAAGGUGUAUACAUUUAGCAAGUCUUGGUUUCUGCAGCUGUAUGAUAUCUGGUUACCUUUGAUUCCAUCUUGCUGCUAACAGGGCCCUUUAAGCUGUGAUUGACUUGUUGCUUGGUAACCCUCUCCCUUCCCCCUCCACACACACACAUGAUAAUCAGGGGGGCCUUCCAAAGGCCAGUAAGAGCUGCUUUUCCUUUCAGUGAUCAGCACUCCUUGUCUAGGGAUCAUCACUGCAGACUAUACUUGGAACUUUUACCUGUAGGAAUCUGAGGGAAGGGUUUGGCAUAAUGGUUAAGAUCUUCACUUCUUAGACACAAAGUACAGGAUUUGAUACUGGCCUUGGGUUAUUGUCUAGGCUUAAAAUUGCCUUCCAGGGCAGUUACCCUAAUAUUCAGCUUUGAACCUAUGAACUUAUGAGAGGUGUGAAGCAUACACUUGUAUUCAGUGUCUGCCUACGGUUGUAAUUUAUAUGUAGUCAGGCACAUACCUGUCCUCAUCUAGGUACAACUCGCUCAUGCAGGUGCUCUGUCUUUUCCCCCAGCAGUUUUUACCUACCUAAUAUCCAGCUGCUGAGCAAAUUGGCAAAACUUAACACACAAUUGUGUUUCGUUUAAGUAGUAUCACCAGUCUUUAACUUUAUUUAAAAUGUGGGGAAAAUGCAACCUAGAUAUUUAAAAACAAAAGAAUAUGCACAUUGAAGCACCAGUGAAGUAAAUGGACCUUAUCCCAUCAUAUUGAGAAUAGUCUCCAAAACUUGGCUGCCGAUUAUCACCUCAUUUGAUAAGAUAGUUUCCAGUCUGGUAUUACCACAUUCCCUGUAGCAGACUUGCUUGAAGAGUAGUCACUAUAGAACUAAAAAUAAAUGCUGUGUGAUAAUGUGAUAUUAUGUACUACAGUUAUAAAACAGUGUGUGUAACGUUUUGCAUAGCAUGAACCAAAGACUGACAGUGUGCCUUAGUAAUGUAGUUUUUGCAUUUUGGCUUAAAGGUUUACAAAAGACAGCAAAUUUACAAGUAACACAAACGUCGCUUUAGUUUUUCUUUCUUUUUUUUUUUUUUUUUUGAACAGUUUAAAUUUAGAUUUUAUUGUGUUUAUGUGAAUGGGCUUAAAAAGGCAUAAUGUGCAAUGAAACGUAAUCUCUGUUGUAGUUUUCAAUGAACUGGUACAAAAUGUGAGGAUAAAUUAUAUGAAGCAAUCUUUUUUACUGCAAAAUAUUUCUAACUUGCUGUACAGUGGAAAUUUAAAUUGAUGGUACGGUUUUUAAAUUCCAAAGUUCAAAUGUGUUAUUUGAAUAUUCAGAUUAUAUCUUUUGGAAAAAAAGUAGCAUAUUCACAUUUUGUGAACGUAGUAAGGUAUGACAGAGCUGUACUUCAUACCUUAAUAGAUACCUUAACCAAGAGAUAGACUGCUAAAACCAUCUUGUAAAAAUCAUUUUCACUGCAUUGUUCCUUUAAUCAUAAGAGUUAAUACAUGUGAAAUGCAAUUUUGUGAA